CCAGCCCCGGGAAUUCUCGCUCCCCCUCUUCUCUCCCCUGCCUGAUAGAUCCCCCCCAGUGGCCCCUCCCUUCUGCCUGGAGGACCGCUGGGCAAGGAAAGAGACUCGGGCUUCCUAGAGAGCCCGGUGAGACGGAAGGCUGGUUCUGCAAGCAGGCACUUCCCGUCCCGUCAGGCUUUUCUCGCCGUCGCCGGCAGCAGCACCAGCAGCUUUUUGGGAGAAGAAUCCGGGAGAAGUUGGAGUUUGAAUGUGAAUGAUAUGCUUGUCUGGAAACGACAAUAACUUUCAAAACCACCAGCAAACUGGCCUUGGCCUUGUGUGGCUCAGAGGUGGAUUCAUCACAUUCUUCUUGGCCUGGGAUGCAAAGUAGCAUUAGAGGAAGAGGAACUUUUGGAUGUGUUGGGAGCUUAAGCUGAGCUUAGAGAGACCAUGGAUGUGCCAAGCCCAGCAAAUAGUGGAUCAAGGAAGGGAACAGAAAAAGGCCCUCCAGCCAUCCAGUCUGGCAAUGAUAAGGGAUUCUGGGAAAGAACUGUGCAGAAGAUCCUGAGAGGAGACAGCAGCAGCUCAGAUGUCCAGGUCAGGAGAUUCAGACGGUUUGUCUACCAGGAAGCUGAGGGGCCCCGAGAGGUUUGCAGCCGACUCCACCACCUUUGCCAGCAGUGGCUGGAACCAGAGAGACACACAAAAGCUCAGAUGCUGGACCUGGUGAUCCUGGAGCAGUUCCUGACCAUCCUGCCCCCGGAGAUGGAGAGCUGGGUGAGAGAAUGCAGAGUGGAGACCAGUUCGCAGGCGGUGGCCCUGGCAGAAGGUUUCCUCCUGAGCCAGGCAGAGGAGAAGAGGCAGGAAGAGCAGCAGACAGAUGGGAUGUUAGCCCAAGCAGCCCCUGAGCUCCAAGAUUCCAAGAGGGCUCUGUUGGUGACCUGGCAGAAGCUGCUAUUCAGAGGGAUCGUGCAGGAGAAUGACGAAGGCACCAUUGCGCUGGGCAGUGAAAUGACGCUGGCGACUCCUCCUGGACCUUCUCCUCUUGGUGGUGGAGUGGAAACUGUUGCUGUGCUCUCACCAGAUCAGGAGUUUGUGAGCUUGGAGGAGGUGGCUGUGUGUUUCUCCGAAGAGGAGGAGGCUCUGCUGGAUCCAGGACAAAGGGCUCUGCACAGGGAAGUCCUGGAGGAGAUUUCUGGGCAUCUGGCUUUUGUGGGUGAUUGGAGGGAGGGAGAGAAACAGGCCGAUGGAGCGAGAAGGAGAACCGAAGGGAGCCAGACGUGGAGGCAGACUAGUGCUUCCGAAGGGCCAGAAUUGCAUUUCAUCCCAAUCCCAGGAGAAUGCCACAAGGGAAGCAGAAGGAAUAAGAUCCCUCAGGAUGUAGAAACCUUGACUAGUCAGCCACAUCUAAGCAGACAUCCAAUAAUCUGCACAGGAGAGAAACGCUAUACUUGCUCAGAGUGUGGAAUGAGCUUCAGUCAGAAGGAAGGACUUGGCCUCCAUCAAAGAAUCCACACAGGUAAGAAGCUGUUUAAAUGCUCAGAAUGUGGAAAGAGCUUCACUCGGCCUGUCAAACUUACUGUCCAUCAGAGAGUCCACACAGGAGAGAAACCCUAUACCUGCUCAGAAUGUGGAAAGCGGUUCAGUCAGAAGUCAAAUCUUACUAACCAUCAAAGAAUUCACACAAGAGAGAAACCAUAUACAUGCUCAGUGUGUGGAAAGAGCUUCAGUUGGAAGGCAAUGCUCACUUCCCAUCAAAAUGUCCACACAGGAGAGAAACUACAUAUCUGCGCUGAGUGUGGAAAGAGUUUUACUCGCUAUUAUGGUCUUAUUUCCCAUCAAAGAGUCCACACAGGAGAGAAACCAUAUACCUGCUCAGAGUGUGGAAGGAGCUUCAGUCAGAAGGAAGGCCUUACUCUUCAUCAAAGAAUCCAUACAGGUGAGAAGCCUUUUAAAUGCUUAGACUGUGGAAAGAGCUUCACUCGGGGUGUCAGGCUUACUGUCCAUUAUCGAGUCCACACAGGAGAGAAACCUUAUAUAUGCUCAGAGUGUGGAAAGCGGUUCCGUCAGAAGUCACAGCUUACUAACCAUCAAAGAAUCCACACAGGGGAGACUCCAUAUACCUGCUCAGAGUGUGGGAAGAGCUUCAGGCAGAAGGGAAAAUUUACUAACCAUCAAAGAAUCCACACAGGAGAGGAACCACAUACCUGCUCAGAGUGUGGAAAGAGCUUCAAUGAUAAGUCAAAACUUACUGUCCAUCAAAGAGUCCACACAGGAGAGAAACCAUAUUCCUGCUCAGAGUGUGGAAAGAGCUUCAGUCAGAAGUUACGCCUUACUAACCAUCAAAGAAUCCACACUGGGGAGAAACCAUAUACCUGCUCUGAGUGUGGAAAGCGGUUCAGUCAGAAGUCACAGCUUACUAACCAUGAAAGAAUCCACACAGGAGAGAAACCACAUACCUGCUCAGAGUGUGGAAAGCGGUUCAGUCAGAAGUCAAAGCUUACUAACCAUCAAAGAAUCCACACAGGGGAGAAACCCUAUACCUGCUCAGAGUGUGGAAAGAGCUUCAAUGAUAAGUCAGGACUUAUUGUCCAUCAAAGAGUCCACACAGGAGAGAAACCAUAUUCCUGCUCAGAGUGUGGAAGAAGCUUCAGUCAGAAGGAAGGACUUACUGUCCAUCAAAGAAUCCACACAGGGGAGAAGCCGUUUAAGUGCUCUGAAUGUGGAAAGAGCUUCAGUCAGAAGGCAACACUUCUUUCCCAUUAUAGAGUCCACACAGGAGAGAAACCCUAUACCUGCUCAAUGUGUGGAAAGAGCUAUAGUCACAACCGAAACCUUAUAUUGCAUCAAAGAAUCCACACAGUUUAGAGGCCUUUUAAAUGCCCCAAAUGAGGAAAAUGUUUUACUCAAGUUUUUAGGCGUACUGUUCAUCACAGAAUCUUUACAGGAGAGAAACCAUAUAGCUGCUUAAGGUGGAGCAAAAAUCUCACAUUGCCUCAAAGACUCCACACAGGUAAAAAGUGGACCAGCUGCUGGACUGGUUCCUAGACAUUCAAAGUGUCAACAAAAUGUGGUGACCAACAGUGAAGUCCCCAUUUCAGCAAACGAAUGUUAUUGCCCUUUUGAACACACUGAGAUGGGAGGGGGGAGUUAGAAGAGUGUCUCUACACAGAUUUAUGUGAUGAAGGCCAGAGGCAUGAGAUGUUCCAUUCCUUCUACCUUUGGUGCUUAAGUUUUGAUUGGGCUAAUUAGGCUGUGCUUGCUAGCUUUGAAACCAACUAGAGAGCUGGAUUCUUUUUUCUUGAAUUGGGCUUGUACACCUAGGCAAAUACAGGCACCGUGUUAAUUUUCACUCCAUUUGACAGUCCCACUUUUUGUGGGCUUUGAAUGCUUUGAUUUUUUUUUAUCUGAAGAAGAUUGGAGGAGGUGAUCUUUGACUCUUUAUCAUCUCGCCUACUUUGUUGGACGGCUGGGAGUCUUUUUGCCGCCUCCCCACCCCCCCCCCUUGGCUUUCUGGCUGGAACAACUCAGACCACCACAGUCCUGCUGCCUGACUGGGAGCCUCCCUUCCUCCAAGUGCCUGAACUUUACCACCUGCAGGCACUGAUUGAUUACAUCAGCCUUGCCCAGAGUCCUUCUUGAGUGUCACGCCCUCGAUCUCCGACAGCGAGGAGGAAGGGGAAGCUGUCAACUUUCCAGCCAAUUCAGGAGUGUCUGAGGGUCAGAGCCCGGCUGUCAGUGUUCAUGAAACGGCUGUGGUAGAUCUAGCUAAUGAUUCAGAGCAGGCACAACAACCUGAGACAGCAGAAAUCGUGAAGGACCAAUCCGAAGAGGAGCUAUGCAAUCAACCCCCACUGACUCCACAACAGUGGCAUAUUACGAGACGCAGGACACAAUUAGAGACUAUUAGGAGGAGCAAACGCCUCUUGCAGAGGGCUGAUAAGCCUUGAAUUCCUGCAAGCUGGGAGCUCUCGGCUUACACUAUAAAUCACGUCACCAGCUUUCUACUCACUGCUGAAAAGCAACAUUCGUCAACUUCUGUGACGACAGCGUGCAGCCAAGUCUGGUCAAGACAAACUUUCCGAGCCGUAUCCAGUUGCAGCAGCUCCGUUUUGUCCCGUGAUCUUCCCUGGCAGUUGGCCAGACCUUGACAGUGAGAGGAAGGACUCUGGAGGCUUUUUAAGGAAGGGGGCUGUGGCAGGUGGCAUGGCCAGCCUGCAGGUGGGCGCCAAAGCCAGCCGCCCAAGGGGACCGGCUUUUGAUGUAGGGCUGAGGGUUGGACUACAUUAUAUUUAGUUUGGCUGUUUGAGGAGUUGCAGCAGUAAGUGUGCCAACUGUUACUGAGAAUGGCUCGAAGUAAUGUGUCUGGGUUUGUCUGGAGUUGGGGAGACAGGGGGUGCCUUCGUUGAAUGUGCGGCAGCUAUUCCGGUGGUGGUGAGGAAUAGAAGAAGUAAUGUUGGCAGGUCUGCAGGCCGUUCCAAGGGAAGAAUAGACAGAAAUUUAAUUGGUGUCUCCCCCUCCCGCUGUCCUGCAGGCUUUGUGACUUCAGGGAGCACUGCCAACAACCCACAUAGUCUUACCUGGCUCCUCUGCAGUGCCAGGUCAGUCCAAAAUAAACCCAAACUCUUGAUAAUGGAUGAAGAGGCCGACCUGAUGUGCAUCACCAAGACGUGGUUGGGGGAGGCUGGUGGCCCAUUCUGGUCCCAGCUUCUUCCUCCAGGGUAUUCUGCAGAGAAGUAGGUGAGGGAAUGUGGACGGGGAGGCAGAGUGACUGUGGUCUAUAAGGAUAACAUCUCCCUUACCAGGGUCCCUAUUGGGGUAUCAGACCAUAUUGAAUGUGUAUACUUACGUUUGGGGACCAGGGAUAGAUUGGGACUUCUGUUGGUGUACCGAUCGCCCCACUGCCCAGCGGAAUCCCUUACGAGCUCACGGACUUGGUCGCGGAACUCACGUUGGAUCUCCCAGACUUUUGGUGCUGGGGGACUUUAAUGUUCAUUUUGGGACCAAUUUGUCCAGGGCAGCUCAGGAGUUCAUAGCGGCCAUGACAACUAUGGGCUUAUCCCAAGUGGUCUCUGGACCGAUACAUAUUGCAGGUCACACACUUGAUUUGGUCUUUUACUCUGAUCAGGGUGGUGUUCUGUGGGCGGGGACUCCUGUGAUUUCCCCAUUGUCAUGGACAGACCACCAUCUUGGAAUUACAACCACUUUCCACUUCCGCAGGGAUGAGGGGCCUAUUAGAAUGGUCUGCCCGGAGAGGUUAUUGGACCCUAUAGGAUUCCAAGAAGCCUUGGAGUGAUUUAAGGUUGGCUUUGCCGGUGAUCCUGUUGAUGCCCUGGUGGAGAACUAGAACAACAUGCUCACCAGGGCAGUAGACAUGAUUGCUCCUUGGCGUUCCUUCUGACCCACUUCAAAACUGACCCCUUGGUAUACUGAAGAUCUGCAGUGGCAGAAGCAGCAAGGUAGGUGACUGGAGCACAAGUGGAGAAAGUCUUGACUCAAAUUCGACAGAUUAUGACAUAGAGCACAUCUAAAGAUAUAUGCUCAGGCAAUAAGUGCAGCAAAGAAGCGGUUCUUUUCUGCCCAUAUUGCAUAUUGCAUCUGCAUACUGCAUCUGCAAGUUCACAUCCAGCGGAGUUAUUUAGGGUUGUGAGGGGGCUAGUAUGCGCCCUCCCCUUCCUUGAAUCAGAAAUUUGAGCCAUCAGUUACCCGCUGUGAUGUGUUUAAAGAAUUUUUUGCAGAUAAAAUCUCUCAGAUUCGGGCCAACCUAGAUAGAAACUCCACAAUUAAUUCGAUGUCUGAAUUGGAGGUGUCCAGCAACUCCUCUUAUCUGGUUUGCCUAGAUCAGUUUCAAUUUGUGACUGCUGAGGAUGUGGACAAGCUGCUUGGAACAGUGAGGCCUACCACUUGUUCUCUUGACCCUUGUCCGACAUGGCUUGUUCUGUCUAGCAGGGAGGCUGUUGUAAAUCAUAAAUGCCUCUCUGAGGGAGGGCAGGAUGCCUCCUUGUCUUAAGGAGGCAAUUAUUAGACAUCUUCUAAAGAAGCCUGCAUUAGACCCCUCGGGGUUCAGCAACUAUAGGCCUGUCUCCAACCUUCCAUGGCUGGGCAAGGUAAUUGAGAGGGUGGUGGCCUCUCAGCUCCAGGCAGUCUUGGAGGAAACUGAUUAUCUAGACCCAUUUCAAACUGGCUUUCAGGUGGGCUACAGGGUGGAGACUGCCUUAGUCGGCCUGAUGGAUGAUCUCCAAUUGGGAAUUGACAGAGGGAGUGUGACUCUGUUGGUCCUUCUGGACCUCUUGGUGGCUUUGGAUACUAUCAACCAUGGUAUCUUUCUGAAACGUCUGAGAAUGUUAGAGGUGGGAGGCACUGUUCUACAGUGGUUCCGCUCCUACCUCUUGGACAGAUUCCAGAUGGUGUUGAUUGGAGACUGUUGCUGUUUGAAAUCUGAGCUUAAGUAUGGUGUCCCUCAGGGCUCCAUACUCUCUUCAGUGCUCUUUAACAUCUACAUGAAACCGCUGGGAGAGAUCAUCAGGGGAUUUGGAGUGGGGUGUUAUCGGUAUGCUGAUGACACCCAGAUCUAUUUCUCCAUGUCAACUUCUUCAGGAGAUGGCAUAACUUCCCUAAAUGCCUGCCUGGAAGCAGUAAUGGGCUGGAUGAGGGAGAAUAAACUGAGACUGAAUCCAAAUAAGAUGGAGGUACUUAUUGUACGGGGCCAGAACUCCAGAGACUAUUUUGAUCUCCCUGUUCUACAUGGGGUCACACUUCCCCAAAAGGAAUAGGUUCGCAAUCUGGGAGUACUUCUGGAUCCACACCUCUCAGGAUCCACACCUCUCAACCUCUCAGGUUGAGGCGGUGGCCAAAAGGGCUUUCUGUCAGCUUCAGCUGAUAUGCCAACUACAUCCGACUUCAAAACAGUGUUGGUAACCUCCAUACUUGACUUCUGUAAUGUGCUCUAUGUGGGGUUGCCUUUGUGCUAUAAAGUUGUACGAAGAGAGUUUGGUCAGUUUAUUCAAGUUGAUGUGAUAAAGAUUAAGUGUCAGGCUUCGGCAGCAGCUUUAUGAAUUGUUGCACUCAUUGGGUAAUUAUCUUUGAUGUUUAUACAGUAUAUGUAGUUUGUAUUAUUUUGUAUAAAAUAUUUUCUUUAAGGUGUGGUUUGUGCUUUGUAGCAAUUCACAUUUACAAGGACUUUUUCAAACUCCCCUGGAGGAAUUUAAGAACUUUUGGAAAUAAUUCACACUCCUUUGGAGGAAUUGGAGAAAGGCGUUUGGAGGAAGUAAUGAAGAAUUCCAUACACCAGGGAGAAAUGAUUUAUAUUUAGUAGCUGUGAAGUUUAUCACGAUUGUAUUACAUUGUUCAUUUACUUCUGAUGAAGCUUAUUGUGAAACAAGGAUAGAUAAAUCUUGUCAAAAAUGAAGUGAUUAAUGAAGUGAUAUUUGAUAUGUA